AUGUUAGCAUUUUUUUGUCCUCUUCAUCUCCUUUUUUUUUCUUCUUUUGCUUGUUUUUCUUUUUUCUUUUUUUCUUUUUCUUGUUCUUUAGCCUACAAUUGCAGGAAUUAUAUCAAAACUGAAAAACAUUUUUUACUCUCUCUCUCUCUCUCUCUCUCUCUCUGUGUCUCUCUUUCUAUCUCUAUCUCUCUAUCUCUCUUUCUAUCACUGUCUCUAUCUCUAUCUCUCUUUCUAUCUCUCUCUACCUCUCUCACCCCUGAAAGGUUUUUGAUUAGCAGAAAACGUUCUUUCUCAUUCCUUCUGUUCAUUAUCUCUUCUUCUUCUUCUUUUUCUUUUUCUUUUUCUUCUUCUUCUACUACUACUCUCUUCAAUUCUUUUUUCCUUUUCUACAUAUGUUAUUUCUAUCUCCUUUUUUUCUCUCUUUUCUUCUACUCGCUAUCCCUUCUUUUUUUCUUUCUACUUAUAUCCUUUCCCUCUUUUUUCUGUUCUUCAUUUUCCUUUCUCUCUUCUGAUUUUUCUCUCGCCUUCUUCUUUUUACUCUCUCCUUCUCCUCCUCCUUUUUCUCUCGUCUUCUGUUCUUUCUCCGUUAUGUUGUCCUUGCUCUCCUCCUCUUAUUUUUCUUCUCGCUCUCUUCCUCAUCUUUUUUUUCUUCUUUCACUGCCCUCCUUCUAUUCUUUCUCUAUUCUUUCCAUCUUUCUCUGUUCUUUUUCUCUUCUUCUUUCUCUUUUCUACUUUUCUUGUUUCUCGCUUCUUCUAUUGUUUUUCUUUCUUUUCUCGUCCUACUCCUCCUUAAUUCUCUCCUCUUUUUCGUUCUCUUUACUUUUCUUCCUUCUCUCCUUCCCUGUUCUUUUUCUCAUCCGUUCUUUCCCUUUUCUAUUGGUUUUCUUCUGUUUCUUGUCUUUCUCUUCUUCCACUUCCUCUUCUUCUUUCUCUUCUACUUCUAUUCUUAACUCUUCUUCUGUUCUUUUUCUCUUUUUCUAUAUCACUUCUAGUUUUGUUCUUUCUCUCUUCUUCUUCUUCUUCUUCUUCUUCUUCUUCUUUCUCACUUCUAAGUCUGUUCUUUCUCUCUUCUCAUUCUCUCUUUUUCUCAUCGUCUUCUUCCCGUCUACUUCUGUUCAUUGUCUCUUUUCCCCUUCUUCUUCUUCUUCUUCUUCUUCUUCUUUAUCUCUUCUAUGUCUUUCUUACUUCUUUCUCUUUUAUACUGUCUCUCUUCGUCUUUUUUUCACUCUUCUACUUCUUUCUUGCAUCUUCUUUUCUUUCUCUCUUCUCAACUUUCUAUCUUCUUUCUCUCUUCUAUUUUUUCUUUUUCCCUUCUUUUUUAUUCUCAUUCUCUUCAUUCUCUCUUAUUUUCUUCUUUCUUUCUUCAACUUCUCUUCUUUAUCUCGUCUUGAGGAAUAUGCAUUCGAUUAA